AGCAGUGCAGUCUCUUACUGUUUUUUACAUUUUGGAAUACCAAAAUGGCUUUGGGUGGGGGAAAAAAAAAGGUUUCUAAGUAAGAGGUGUGCCAGAUAACAGCCGUUAAUAAUGUAAACAUACAAGGCCAGGUGGAACUGGAGUAGUCUUACCCCUCCCUUCGGUUUACAGAGGAAAAACUCAGUCUUAAUCACGAUUGAAACUGUACUAUGAAUGGUGAAACGAGAGCGGAGGUGGUAACUUCACCACCUCCAACAGCUCCACAUAAAGAGAGAUACUUUGACAGAGUUGAUGAAAAUAACCCUGACUACUUGCGAGAGAGGAACAUGGCCCCCGACCUUCGCCAGGAUUUCAAUAUGAUGGAACAGAAGAAGAGAGUAUCCAUGAUCCUCCAAAGCCCUGCAUUUUGUGAAGAGUUGGAAUCCAUGAUCCAGGAACAGUUCAAGAAAGGGAAGAAUCCUACAGGCCUGCUGGCUCUACAACAGAUUGCAGACUUCAUGACGACCAACGUUCCCAACGUCUACCCACCUGCUCCUCAAGGAGGCAUGACUGCCUUAAACAUGAGCCUCGGGAUGGUGACGCCUGUGAACGAUCUGCGGGGAUCGGAUUCCAUCGCUUACGAGAAAGGAGAGAAACUACUACGGUGCAAAUUGGCUGCUUUCUACAGGCUGGCCGAUCUCUUUGGCUGGUCGCAGCUUAUUUACAAUCACAUCACUGUCAGAGUAAAUUUGGAGCAGGAACAUUUUCUGAUUGUGCCUUUUGGACUUCUCUAUAGUGAAGUUACUGCAUCCAGCUUGGUGAAAGUGAACUUCCAAGGGGACGUCAUUGAUCGCGGGAGCACUAACUUGGGGAUCAACCCGGCUGGCUUCACCUUGCACUCAGCCAUCUACGCCGCCCGCCCGGAUGUCAAGUGCAUUGUUCACAUCCACACUCCUGCAGGAGCAGCGGUAUCUGCGAUGAAACGUGGCCUCUUGCCCAUCUCACCAGAGGCACUGUCUCUCGGGGAAGUGGCCUACCACGAUUACCACGGCAUUCUUGUGAACGAGGAGGAGAAGGCCCUGAUUCAAAAGAAUCUGGGCCCCAAAAGUAAAGUCCUCAUCCUCCGAAAUCACGGCUUGGUAUCCGUUGGCGAAAGCGUGGAGGAGGCUUUCUAUUAUAUUCACAAUUUGGUUGUUGCAUGUGAGAUCCAAGUACGAACCCUGGCCAGUGCAGGGGGGGCAGACAAUUUGAUCCUGCUGGAUCCCAGCAAAUACAAAUCCAGGCCUCACUGCCACGAGUCUGCCACGGGGGAAGGGACAGUGCCUCACCCCAAAUGGCAGACGGGAGAACAAGAAUUUGAAGCCCUCAUGCGAAUGCUUGACAAUUUGGGUUACCGGACUGGCUACCCGUACCGAUGCCCUGCUCUGAGGGAGAAGACUAAAAAGUUCAGUGAGGCGGAGGUUCCCGCUGCCGUCACCGGCUACUCUUUUGCUAGUGAUGGGGACUCGGGCACUUGCUCUCCUCUGAGGCAUAGCUUUCAGAGGCAGCAGCGGGAGAAGGCAAGGUGGCUAAAUGCCAGCCGAGGGGAUGACCCAGCUGAAGAAGGGCAGGAUGGCGGCGGCGGUGGCGGCGGCAGCCCCAAGUCGAAGGCUAAGGUGUGGACGAACAUUACACACGAUCACGUGAAACCCUUGCUGCAGUCUCUCUCGUCCGGUGUCUGCGUGCCAAGCUGUAUUACCAACUGCUUGUGGACUAAAGAGGAGGUUCACAGGACUGCCUCAUCGGCUCCCCCAAACCUCUUUGUUCCCUUGAACACGAACCCAAAGGAGGUCCAGGAAAUGCGGAACAAGAUCAGGGAGCAGAACUUGCAAGACAUUAAAACAGCCGGCCCCCAGUCUCAAGUUCUUUCAGGGGUUGUAAUGGACAGGAGCCUUGUACAGGAUGCUCCCCUCUCAGACUGUACGGAAACAAUUGAAGGGCUCGACCCCACAGAGCAGGCCUUUAGUCCAGCUAAAUCUGUCUCUGUUAGAAAGGUACUGACCGCUCUGUCCUUUCCACUCUCAAUGCUCUUUCGCUUUUAACCUCCUUUUUAUACC